AUGGCUGGCGAUUGGAUAUUUGUGUUCUUAUUGUUAGUUUCUAUAGCUAAAGUACAAUCCAGUGUCUUCGAUGUGACAAGUGCAGCAUAUGGAGGAAAGCCAAACUCUGACAUUACCCAGGCUUUGGCCAAUGCUUGGAGAGAUGCUUGUGCAUCAACAUGGCCAACUAAAGUUGUUAUUCCAAAGGGGACAUAUAAUUUGAGAGGAGCAAUUUUGCAAGGUCCUUGCAAGGCUCCUAUUGAGGUUCAAGUUCAAGGCAACCUCAAGGCUCCAUUGGACAGCAAAUAUCUCACAAAGCAGGAUACUUGGGUUGGUUUUCAAUACGUGGACAGGCUCACCUUAUAUGGCGGUGGAAGUUUUGAUGGCCAAAACAAUUGCUACAAAAAUAAAUACUGCAAAGCUACUGAUGCUAUUAAUCUGAGGUUGGAUUUCGUCACGAAUGCCAUGAUUCAUGACAUAACUUCUCUUGACAGCAAACACUUCCACAUCAAUGUUUUUGGAUGUCGCAAUGUCACAUUCCAAUAUGUCACCAUCACAGCGCCUGAAGACAGCGCAAACACGGAUGGAAUUCAUAUCGGGCGCUCAUAUGGUAUCACCAUCGACCACACAACCAUCGGCACAGGGGAUGAUUGCAUCUCUCUUGGUGACGGAAGCCAGCGAAUCAUCAUGACCAACGUUACUUGUGGACCAGGCCACGGUAUAAGCAUCGGAAGUCUAGGAAAAUACCAAAGUGAAGACCCCGUGGCCGGAGUACUAGUCAAGAACUGCACCCUGACUAACACACAAAAUGGUCUGAGAAUCAAAACAUGGCCUGGCUCCCCUGCAUUUGGCACUGCCACACAUAUUCACUUUCAAGAUAUUGCCAUGGUCAAUGUAGGAAACCCUAUCUUCAUUGACCAACAGUAUUGCCCAUAUAGCCAGUGUGCACAGAAGGCUCCAUCUACAGUCCAGAUCAGCAGCGUCAGCUUCGUCAACAUUAAGGGCACUUCUGCCACACCAGUUGCUGUACAGCUUAUGUGCAGUAGAAAAUUACCAUGCCAGAAUGUAGGGUUGGAAGAUAUUGAUAUCACUUACAGUGGAGACAAAGGGCCUCUUACCUCUCAAUGUGCUUAUGUGAAGCCUCAGUUUACUCGAGUGGCAAAUCCUCUUUCUUGUGCUACCAAUCCUUUUAGUCGGAGAAGUAGAAGAAAUCGUGCUAAUGUUCUCUCUAGAUAG